AGCGCGCGGCCGCAGCCGCGAAAGAAGAGAAAGCGUGGCCGGUGCCAGCGUGGGUUCCAUUCGGUGCCUCAACCCCGCGCGCUUCGGACGCCAUCGCUGUUUCCUACUCCAGGGCCGAUCGGCGUCGGGAGGCUGACGCGCGAAUCCGGGACUGCAAGGUUCUCGACGUCUGGCGGUAAGAAUGGUGCGUGUGGCGCUAGCCUCUGUGUUGUUGGCGGCGUCAGUGGUAGCCGUUAGCGGCCAGUACAGGCGGUACAGGCAGCGCGACUUCGGCUAUCCUGCGAGGCAGAUCUCCGAUGUCCAGUCGGCCGAAGCACCCGCCCCCGCAGCCCCUAACGGCUACAAGGAUAUCAGCCGGGGUCACAGUGGCAUCUACGUCGAGGAGAUGUCCAACAGCUACGUCUUGGGCCGAAGGAGGCGCCGGCGAAGUCGUUUCCGGCUCGUUGACAUGCCCACAAAUCAAGGUGGAGCCGAUGGCCAGUCAGCCCAGCAGCCGCAGAUCACGGGACAGGACACGCUAGGCCGUGCGGGCUCACAGGCUGGCGAAGUUCUCUCGGGUGGUCAGGGACAGCUAUACCAUCCCGGUCUCUCUGCCGCCCACGGUUUGCCAGCUCAGAUGGGUUCCGGCCAACGGGCCAGACUUUACGGCCGCAAUCUGGGCGCGAACGACGAGCCACGAGCGGCAGCUGCACCGGGUGCACCGUUUGCACCGGGGCGGCCGGGAGCUCCAGGAGGACCGGAACAGCCUGGUCAACCAGGACAACCAGGACAGCCGGGACAGCCUGGAACAUGGGGAGAACCCGGGCCUGCAGGACAGCCAGGACAACAUGGAGGCUCGGCAGGCCAGCAAGGUCCCGACCAACGAGGCCUUAGCGAGAACGCGCCAGCCCCGGGAAAACGUGGCGAGGCAGGGGCAGCGGGUGCUCCCGGAGCUCCAGGACAGCCUGGUCAGCCAGGGCAGCCGGGUCAACCUGGCCAGCCGGCUCAGUCGGGCAGCGCGGGAUCGUCGUCCCCCGGGGAGCCUGGGAAGAGGGACGUCGCGGAGAGGAGGGGCCUGGACGAAGCCGGUGUGCCGCAGGCGGGAAAGACCGGCCUUCCGGGCCUGCCAGGAGUGCCGGGAAUGACGGCACUGCCACCGGCAUCGGGAACGGAACGGCAGGAGCCCCCCGGAGGGCCGAACUUUCCGGAGAAAUUGGACGGCACGCCGGGAGAACCUGGCCGGCCGGGAAAGGAUGGAGCUGAUGGGCAGCCAGGGAAACCCGGAGGGCCCGGAGAGCCCGGCAAGCCGGGCCACCUGGGCUCACCCGGUGAAAUGGGCGAGCCCGGACAUCCUUCCAAGGACGGCGGACCCACGGGAGUGCCGGGCACCCCGGGACGUCCGGGCAAGCCCGGCGCCCCCGGUGUCCCCGGUCCAUCCGCCAAGCCUGGCGGCGCUGCCGCGGCCGACGAGGAGGUGAACAAGCUCCACUUCGAAGCCAAGACCACGAGCGGCAAAGUGGGCGACGCUGCAGAGGCGGUGCCGAACAAAGGCGCCACCUUCGCAGACGCUGCGGUCACCACCGGAGCCGCGCACAACGAGCUCGCCGCCCACAACAGGCCCCCGGGCCGAUACCGCAGGCUGCGCCAGGCCAACAGGCGCCGCCAUCACAAGCACGGCCACCCGCGCCUGCGCAGCCUCUCCCACUGAAAGACUCGUCCGAGACAACGCGUGCCGCGUUUGUGGCACACUACGGAAGUUUCUGGAACGAGCAGGGCAGGAAGAGAGGCAGCAACACUUCCGCGCAUCCAACAAACUCUCCAGUUUCUCUUUUCCAUUUUUUUUCUUUCUUGAAGUAAAACCCCGAGACUUCGUUUCCCUGGC